GAGAAAGAGACAGAAACAGAGAGAGGGAGAGAGAGAGACAGAGAGGUACACGCAGGGAAAGAGAGGUGGAGAGAUCACACUGUAAACAGUAACACCAGCGCUUAUUGCUACGCACUGGAGAAAUAUUUUAGUUAGCAACGGAGGGGGGAAAGAUCAACAGUAUUUGAUUGCGUUUUAGCAAACGUAGGAUUUGUUUUGUCUCUUUAGUUAUAUUCAAUUUUUUUGCAAUGCAAAUAGCUUUCACUUGGAACUAAGACCUCAAGUUAUAUUCUAGCCAACUUUACUGCUGGCUUCAUAGCUAGCUAAAUAUUUUUUUACUUUCAUGCGCCGCAGUUGUGCCAUUCGAAGACUAUAAACAAUCAAAAUGAGAGCCCAAAUCGAGGUCAUCCCGUGCAAGAUCUGCGGGGACAAGUCGUCGGGGAUCCACUACGGGGUGAUAACCUGCGAGGGGUGCAAGGGCUUCUUCCGUCGUAGCCAGCAGAACAACGCCAUGUACUCCUGCUCGCGGCAGAGGAACUGCCUGAUCGACCGCACCAACCGCAACCGCUGCCAGCACUGCAGGCUGCAGAAGUGCCUGGCCCUGGGCAUGAGCCGCGACGCGGUGAAGUUCGGCCGCAUGUCCAAGAAGCAGCGGGACAGCCUGUACGCCGAGGUGCAGAGGCACCAGCGGUCGCAGGCGGACCUGGCGGCGCUGACGCUGGCGUUGCCGGGGGCGACGCGGGAGGAGGACGAGUCGGGCGAGGACGGCGGCCGCAGCAGCGGCUCCAGCGCGGCGCUCAGCGACCUGGACGACAUCGCCGGCCUGCCCGACGGGCUGCUCUUCGACCUGCCGCUCUCCCCGGGAGGAGCCGGGGGCUACUGCGGCCUGGAGCUGCUGGGCGGGGCCUGCGGAGGCGGGGGCGGGAGCUGCGGGGGCAGCUGCCUGUCGUCCCUCAGCUCGCCCGAGCAGGGCGGCCCGGACGGCGCCGACGGCAGCCAGGUCACGCACGAGUACGACCUGUUCCUGGAGACGGCCGCCUUCGACCGCUCGCCCCUCGACACGCUGCCCGAGGCCCUCUCCCAGCUGGAGACAGAGCACUUGGCGCAGAACGUGGUGAAGUCCCAUCUGGAGACGUGUCGGUACAGCGGCGAGGAGCUCCAGAGGCUGGUGUGGAACCUGUACACACCUGAGGAGACACGCGCAUUCCAGAGCAAGCCAGCGGAGUGGAUGUGGCAGCAGUGUGCCCACCACAUCACCAACGCCAUCCAGUACGUGGUGGAGUUCGCCAAGCGCAUCUCCGGCUUCAUGGAGCUGUGCCAGAAUGACCAGAUCAUCCUCCUGAAGGCCGGCUGCCUGGAGGUGCUGUUGAUCCGGAUGUGUCGCGCCUACAACCCGCUGAACAACACCAUGCUGUUCGAUGGAAAGUUCGCCGGAGCCCAGCUCUUCAAGGCUCUCGGGUGUGACGACCUCGUGAGCGCCAUGUACGAGCUGGCUAAGGGCCUCAGCCGCCUGCAGCUGACCGAGGAGGAGAUGGCCCUGUUCAGCGCCGCCGUGCUCCUGUCCCCGGAUCGGCUGUGGCUGACCGACUCUCUGAAGGUGCAGAACCUGCAGGAGAAGGUGUACCUGGCCCUGCAGCACUGUCUGCACAGGAACGGUGCCAACCAGUCCAAACUGGCCAAGAUGCUGUCCAAGCUGCCCGUGCUGAAGUCCAUCUGCACGCUCCACGGGGACAAGCUGGAGUUCUUCCGCCUCCUCCACCCGGAGACCGCCUGCAGCUUCCCGCCCCUCUACCGCGAGGUGUUCGGCGGCGACAUCGCCUUCCCCGACUCCACGGGGAGCUAAGCUACCGGCGGAGCGGCGAGAGAGGCCGUGGAACCAGCCGAUCGAGGAGAACUGAACCAGCAAAAUUCAGUGACAAUCGCGGAGGCGCGGCCGCCAUUACUGCACACUACACCCGCUACAUCACCUGACCUCUCACCUCUGACCUCUGACACUCCCGGGUCACACUCCUGGUGCUGGCGCUGAGGUCGCCGCGGGCGCGCAGCACAGUAAACUGGGUCAGUGGCUGAGAUUCCGCAGUUUCCUGUUUUUCUGUGUGAGAUUGUGCGCUCCUUGAGCCAGAAUGGCUCCACGGCGCGAGGGAGAAUUCGGGCUCUUCCGGCAGUUUCCGCAGUCUUUCCAGCAAAGAAAAACAACACAUGAAUGUACCCCAUAGACACGACCCAGAAUGUACAUACUGCCCCCUGUGGUCACCAGUGGUAAAACGCCCACUUUAUUUUUUACAAGAUACCUCAUCUGCCAUUCGAGCUUUUCACCGUUGACUGUGGCCAAAGCUAUAUUUAGUUUUUUUUUCUUUUUUCCCAGAAAGCCAGGGACCAAGACCACCUGACAGUUUUAUAUGUUUUUAACGAAGUAAGGACGGUGACCCAGGUUUAGCAUGUUAUGAAAGCACAGUUAAUCUCCCGAUCAUUGACCGCCCGCUAUAAAUCACCCUUAUCGCGUCGACUGCCAGGCAGGGCUAAUUGCACAACACUAGCGCAGACGGAGCGCGGACUCGCUGCCCUGCAUGCGCUCAAAGCCACGCGCGUGUAGACGGUGCUCACGAGUUCCAAUCGAAAAAAAACCUCGAUCCCGAUUCCCUUUUCCCUGUGCAAUCGCCACUUCGAGCGGAAAGACGGAAGUAACGUUAUUUUUGUUUAGAAAUGCAUUCAGAAUAAGACGUAUAUCGAGUGAGAAUGUGUAUAAUAAGUAUGUAAAUAUGUGUACGCGUGUGUAGCGGGAGACAGAGGUAGCCAGAGCAGAGAGAUCAGCUCCCCGCCAUCCUGUGACUGCCAGAAGGAAAUUCCUGGAAUUUAGCUUCUGGAAUUUAAAUUAAGAAAGAAAAGAGACACCCUGCAUCGCGGGGAAAACGUCUGGAAAGCUGGCGGAAUAGGAGGAGACGAGGAAUGGCACGGAAUGGAGCAGUCGGAAGGUCGGGCCUGUGUUCCCCCCCCCCCCCCCCCCCCAACUUGACUUCUCAGGGUUUCCGAACCGUACACUGCUCAAGGAGACAGGAACAAAAUGGCGGCCGGGUCAUUUCUGUUCACAUGAAGACGAACAACGAGCAUUUCAUCUUCAUUUAUUUUUAUUUUUUUUAUUUUUUUUUUGCCACAUCGGACAAACUGCUGGAAGGUUGGCACUUGGUGAAGAGACAUGGUGGACUCUGAUGCAACUCUGAUGCAACUCUCCUUAAAACGACACAGAAACUGGGAGCCCUAAAAAAACAUUUUUUCCCCCGCUGAAGGACGAGAAGUUAUGGAACGAGAGACUUUUGAAGCGAGAAAGACGGCAGUUGGGACUCUCUAAACUGUCGUGAACUCUCGCUACAGACAGAAAGGAGAGACGGGAAGGGACAGAGACUCUGUACGUGUGAUAAUGUCACCUCUCCUUUCAGGUACAGGAGGGAGUGGGUCCCUGUUGAGAGUCUGACGCUGGAGUACGGCAUCGUUCGACUGCUCCUACGGUCAGCACUGUAGUCUGUUGUAACCCACGCGCACACACACACACACACACACACACAGAGCGCACACACACACACACACACAGCGCACACACACACACACACACAGCACACACACACACACAGAGCUCACACACACACACACACACAGCGCACACACACACACACACACACACACGCACACACACACACACACAGCGCACACACACACACACACGCACACACACACACACACACAGCUCACACACCCACCAUGCCUCUUCAUUGACUUUGGAAGGCUGACAGAGCUAUCAGCUACCGCCCUGGGUACAAAGCCAGGACUCAGGGUGUGGACAGAUCAUUACUGCUAUCAUUACUAAUGCCAUGACAACUUGUAUUUUAUAUUUGUUAUUGUGAUACAGAGAAUAAGAAAAAAAAAAGACACACACUGAAGGAAGAUAAUUAAAGAAAAUAUAUAUAUUUUGUACAGAUUUAUUUUUCUCACACAGUUUUUUGGUACACUCCAGUUGACCUCUGGCCAUGGGUGGGCUCAGCACCACCCAAAAAGCCCCGAAAUCACGUUUCUACGACUGGGGGGGGAACGACAGUCCAGGUCGAUGUCAACAAUCGCUCACAGCCCGGCGAAAAAUGAGCGAACUCCACUUCUGCUUCUGCUUCUGCUUCUGCUGGGCUUGUUACUCAGGGAGGGUGAAGGGCGUCGCCACAGCCAAGCACAGCGAUAGGCAGUUAUACACAGUGAUAGGCAGUUAUACACAGUGAUAGGCAGUUAUACACAGUGAUAGGCAGUUAUACGCACAGUUAUACGCGCCUCUGCGCAGGCUAAACUCAACAGCCCCUGUGCAGUAAAAACACAGGCUGGUAAAAGUGCACCGUACCGCAAGACCCGGAGUUUUCCGCUCGGCUUCCGCUGGACUUGGGCCCGAAUUCUCAAAGAUAUAUCUUAACAAAGGACGGACAAGCAAGCGCAGCAUAGGCUGUUACAUUAGCAACAGAACUAUGAACAACUCCCCCGAAGCAGCACAGUUGAGUAUUUGCCCGGACCUUUGUGUGUUUUGUUUGAACACGUGAAGCGUUAACCUGCACCCCCUUUUCCCCCACCCACUUUUUAACAAAUAAUAAUAAUAAUAAUAAUAAUAAUGAUAAUAAUGGCAGUUGCAGUGGUACUCGGGGAGAUGGCUGCCCCGUGGGCCCUCCGUGUCUGCGGCAGUUAAGUCUCGUCCAGGCGGUUUUUCGUCCAGUGGCUUCCCUCCCUCAGUGAAGCCUGGAAGGCAGCCGCUUGUAGAACUGUAAAACUAAUCGCAACGUGCAAACCACAAUAAUAAUUCCUUAUUGAGCUGACACAUUUAUCCAAAGACACUUGCAAUUGAUUAGACCAGCAAGGGGAAAAUCCCCCCUGAUGCAAUGCGGGGUUAAGGGCCUUGCUCAAGGGCCCAACAGCCGUGCCGAUCUUAUUGUGGCUACACCGGGGCAUGAACCGCCAAACAGUCAGGUACCUUAACCACUAGGCUACGGGCUGCCUAGCUAGCUCAGUAACAUGGAUACAGAUUUGAUUUAAAAAAAAUAUAUGAAACAAAAGAUGCCUGUGAAGUUGUAUGAGCUGAACCUGAGCUGAAACCGAGCUGAACCUGAGCUGAAUCCCGGACAGAAGACUGUCCUUCUCGAUCACUGUGUGCAGUAGCUGUAUGUUGUUGUGAAUGUCAGAAGGCCUUUUCGCCCGAUUGUCUGUAUUCCCACCGGGCCUUCUGAGUCCGAGUUGUAAGAGACGUGGAAUUUGUUUUUUUAAAUUAAAUGGAAAAACAAAAUACUAAAAAUGUUUUAAUAACUAAAAGAUGCAUUUUAUUCUUGGAAUUUUUCUGUUGGUUUUGUUGUGAUUUUGUUUUGUUUUGUCUGUUUUGUGUUUUGUCUUCUGAUUUCUGCCCUCUUGAUUUCCCUGUUCACUCUGGUUUAGUUUCCACCUUUUGUGUUGUAAUUCUAUUUUUUUUAAAAGAGUGACUAAAAACGCAACAAAAACUGUCGUUUUCUUUCUGUUAACACAACUGUCCCUCCUGUUUUCAUUAUUGGAUAUAUUAUAUACAUGUGUAAGCAUUGUCUGGACUUUUAAGGUAUAUUAUGAGCUUAAGAAGUUGUAAAACAGACACAAGAGAUAUGUUGUUGUACAAUGGAGAUACAGUAUGUGCUAUUAAGAAUGUAAUAAAGAUUUUUUUACAGACA